AUGAGGUCGGUGCGCGCCUCUCCCGCCGGACUCCUGCUGCUCGCCAUUGCCCUCAUCUGCGGUCAGUCCGCCUUCUCUCAUUUCUUCUCAUCAGUCUGCUGCUCUCUCAUCGUUGCCUUCUCUCAUCGCCGGUCAACCCGCUUCUCUCUCAUUGCCUGCUCUCUCAUUGCCUUCUCUCUCAUUGCCUUCUCUCUCAUUGCCUUCUCUCGCAUUGCCUUCUCUCUCAUGUCUGCAAUGUCACCCAUCUACAAUCUCUUUCUCUCAUUGCCUUCUCUUCCAUUUCUGCAAAACCUUUUAUAUUCCUCUCGCAUAUCUCCGCUCUGCCGUCUCACAUCUCCUGUCUGUCCUAUCAUAUCUCCUCUCUGCUCUCUCAUGUCUGCUCUCUCUCCUUUUCUCGGCACACCCUCUCCCUUGUCCUCUGCAGCAGUUCAGAUGAUGCAGGCAGCAAAUGGGGAUGACGCAGCAAAAAGCAUGACUCAUCGCACGGCCCACCGCAGCAUGCUGAAAGACUCGUAUGGAGAAAAGAAGGUUGGAGGGGAAGACACGGUGGUAGCAAUAGCGAGCAGCAAGGUCAAUGCAAGGAUAGAGCUAGAGACCACCGGCAGCACCGCCAGCACCGGCAGCACGGACAGCACCGGGAGCACGGACAGCAGUGGCAGCACCGACAGUACCGACAGCACGGACAGCAGUGGCAGCAGCACCGGCGGCGACGGCACUCCCAGACCCACUCCCAGUACCCGCGGUGGCGGUUCCAAGCCACAGUUUGCCACUACCGUUGCUGUGGGCAAGGCUCGGCUUAGCUUCGGCACGCAACGCUGCGUGAGCGUGCUGAAAAAGGCGCGGGGGAAGAGCGCGCAGGUGUGGUGGAACGGCCGUGGGGGCUCGAGCAGCCAGGCAGCAGGUUUUGCUUGCUCGCAGAUCAAGUUCUUUGGGAAGGGCGGCUGCCGGGGCACGGAGCUUGAUAGCAUGGUCAACCCAGGCUCUACUACUGCCAAGUUUCCAAGCAACAAGAAGACGCUCAGCAAGUGGGCGCCUCUUAAGCCAUUUCUUGUGCUCCCUCUUGCCGCGCCACGCAACGCCCUUCAGCCUCUCCAUGUGCCGCCUGCCCCUCUGGUGCCCCAAUUCUUCACUACAUACCGCACUGCACCCAUUUCCACCCCUCAGACUCGCCCUGUGGCGCCUGCCCCUCUGGAGCAACCUGCAAGACCGGUGAGAUUGUUUGACGUUUUCUCGCUCUACUCUCCACUCUCUCCUUCGCAUUCUCCCCACUCUCCUCUCUCAACAAUACUCGCCGCACUCCCCUCUCGCCCCACUCCCUCCUCUCCCCUCUCGCCGCACCCUCUCCUCUCCCCGACACGUCCCACUCUUUCUUCCACUUUUCUCGCUCUGCCAUGUUGA